UAUUAACGGUAUGGGGUUAGUAGUGAUGAAGAGUCUUGGUCUCGGAGAUGGGACGGAGUUUUCCCGCCUCUAGAUCAGAGCGGACUCAGCUCGUCCUGCAGCAGCUUCCUCAGAGAAAACACCGAGAUCCGCUUCACUUCAUUCACUGACUGAGAGACGAGAGAGAACCGGACAGAGAACCGGGAGAGAGAGACGGGACAGAGACCGGACAGAGACCGGCUGCAGGCGGGACACCGGAUUACAUACCGGAUCAUAUAACCGGAUCUUAUGAUGGAUAAUAACGCUGCAAACUCAGAGAAAUGUCAUCUGAUCCAGGAGAAGAGCGGGAAGAUGUACUCUCUGAAACUCCAGAGCUCUUUCCCAGAUUCCAAAGAGAAAUAUCCCGACUUCCCCUUUAAGAACGGAGGCGUGGCCGGCGCCAUCGAGCUGAAGCGACCCGUCGGCGCCCACUGCCACGGCGCCAAAGCUUCGACGCGGGACGAGAGCGGCGACCGUCUGCUCGCCAAGAAGAAACUCUACAUCGCUUCGGCCGUCUGCCUCGUCUUCAUGAUCGGAGAGGUCAUAGGAGGCUACCUGGCUCACAGUCUGGCCAUCAUGACCGACGCCGCUCACCUGCUGACGGACUUUGGCAGCAUGAUGGUGAGCCUGUUCUCUCUGUGGAUCUCCUCCAGACCGCCAACCAAGACCAUGAACUACGGCUGGCACAGAUCAGAGAUCCUCGGGGCGUUCAUCUCAGUCAUUUCCAUCUGGAUCGUGACGGGAGCGCUGGUCUAUUUAGCCAUCGAGAGGAUCGUACGCAACGACUACGAGAUCGACGGCCACGUGAUGUUGGUCACCUCCGGCUGCGCCGUCAUCGUCAAUAUAGUCAUGGCGUACAUCCUCCAUCACUCCACCACCUUCCACGCCCACGGCAGCGGUUACCACCAGAUCGACGAGGGCAGCCAGAGUCCCGCCGCUCACGGCCACUCCCACGCGCUCCUCGGUGGCCACGCCAACACCAGCGUCCGCGCCGCCUUCAUCCACGUGGUCGGAGACCUGCUGCAGAGCGUCGGCGUCAUGGUGGCGGCGAUCAUCAUCUACUUUCGGCCGGAGUAUAAAGUGGCCGAUCCCAUCUGUACCUUCCUGUUCUCCGUCUUCGUCCUCUGCACCACCGUCACCAUCCUCAGAGACGUCUUCAGGAUCCUCAUGGAAGGCGCUCCUAAAGGAAUCGAGUUUAACUCGGUGAAGGAGGUUCUGCUGUCAGUGAAGGCCGUGAAGUCCAUGCACUCUCUGCACCUCUGGGCUCUGACUCUGGGCCAGGCGCUGGUCUCUGUUCACGUUGCCAUAGAUGAGGGUGCUGACGCUCAGUCGGUGCUGCAGGAAGCCACCGAUCUGCUUCACACCAAGUUUGGUUUCCACAGCAUCACCAUCCAGGUGGAGCUCUACUCUGAAGACAUGAGCCACUGCUCCCACUGCCAGGACCCCAGUGACUGAUACCGGUACCGGUACCGGUCUCGGUACUGGACCAGACUGGACCGGACAGGAACGUGGAACAGCUCAGGCAUUAUUUUUCAUAGUGUCUGGGAGAGCUGGAGCAGUGACAGCUGUAUUCACACGGCAGCUUCCUGUUUCAGGAAGAGAGACGUUCUGUUACAUCUGUUGAGUUCAACAUUAAGUCACCAGACGGAGAAAUCAUCCAUGUGUUGGUAGGAGAGCGCUGACGGAGAAAUCAUCCAUGUGUUGGUAGGAGAGCGCUGACGGAGAAAUCAUCCAUGUGUUGGUAGGAGAGUCAAUUCACCAUAAUCAAAGUAUGACAUCAUUAACCAUUUGAAGACAUUAUAUUAAUAUGUGUUUCCUUCAUGGUGUCAUUAACAUCAGAGUUUCUGGGGACCAUGAGAACCAGCCGGUUCAUUAUUAUUAUUCUUAUUGGACAUGACGCCUGUAAUGUUUCUAUUAAAGUGUUGAUGUUGUUCGUUGAUCUCUACGAAAAGAAGUUCUGAUCCAAACACGUGCAUGUUUGUUAGCUGUUAUUAAUAAUAUCACAACACACAGUAAGAAGUUUCCUGUUCAACUGCCAAUCAGAACGUCGAUACGCCACAUCGAUACGUUGAUACGUUGAUACGCCACGUCGAUACGUUUAUACGUUGAUACGCCACGUCGAUACGUUGAUACGUUGAUACGCCACGUCGAUACGUUUAUACGUUGAUACGCCACGUCGAUACGUUGAUACGCCAUGUUGAUACGUUGCUACGUUGCUAUGUUGAUACGCCAUGUUGAUACGCCAUGUUGAUACGUUGCUACGUUGAUACGCCACGUCGAUACGUUGAUACGUUGAUACGCCACGUCGAUACGUUGAUACGCCAUGUUGAUACGUUGCUACGUUGCUACGUUGAUACGUUGAUACGUUGAUACGUUGAUACGUUGAUAUGCCACGUUGAUACGUUGAUACGUUGCUACGUUGCUACGUUGAUACGCCAUGUUGAUACGCCAUGUUGAUACGUUGAUACGUUGAUACGCCAUGUUGAUACGUUGAUACGUUGAUACGUUGAUACGCCAUGUUGAUACGUUGAUACGUUGCUACGUUGAUACGUUGAUACGUUGAUACGCCAUGUUGAUACGUUGCUACGUUGAUACGCCAUGUUGAUACGUUGCUACGUUGAUACGUUGAUACGCCACGUUGAUACGUUGCUACGUUGAUACGCCAUGUUGAUACGUUGCUACGUUGAUACGUUGAUACGUUGAUACGCCAUGUUGAUACGUUGCUACGUUGCUACGUUGAUACGUUGAUACGCCAUGUUGAUACGCCAUGUUGAUACGUUGCUACGUUGAUACGCCAUGUUGAUACGUUGCUACGUUGAUACGUUGAUACGUUGAUACGCCACGCGGACGAUUCAUCACAGAAAAGAUAUCGGCUUCAAACAUUCGAUAUUUUCACCAGUUUCUAAGGAGAUCCUGUGAAUUUAUUAAAAACAUGUUUCCUUUUGAAGUAAUGAGAAUAUAAACAUGGAGCCAACAGCUGCGUUAAAACAAACUGAAAGCAUCGUUUUGAUAUCCUGAACAUCUGAAGUCUGUCUUUAACCUGUUCAUCCAUCCCGUAAACGCAGCGCUCCCGUGUGUUCCCUGUGGAUGUCUGCUGUCUGAGAAUGCUCCGUGUCGUACCGUCCGUGUCCGUUAUUCUCUGUGUGACUGUUUGUUGUAAAUAUGUCAAAUAUUGUGUUUUUUCUGUGUAUGAUUUUUGUGUAUAUUAUAUUAUGUGUAAAUAUGUUCAUCUCUCUCGUACGAUCGCUCCUGUUGCUCUGCGUGUUCCGGUGAUGUGACACAAAUCCACGUGUGAUGUUUCAUAUUUCAUUUCUAUGUGUGGAAAGAGUUUUUGUAAAGUGAAAUAAAAGAUUGCAGAUGAUGGAAA